CAAGGCCUGGUGACUCUGUGCAACCGCGCUCGCGGACAUCCCAGCAACGAAAGCCUGACAUGCACGCAAAUAUGGCACCGGGUUUGGCAGAACGGCGAGUUUGUGCCGAAGGAAUGCCAGAUUCGCGAUCGAGCUGUUGGGACAACUAGUCAGUAG